AUGACAAUCCAUUCUAUUGUUUGUAAAAAAUGUUUGCGUACUAUAGCACAUCUCGGCCGUCGGGUAGCUACUCACCAUUUCAAAGUCUAUAUCCGCGGUUACAGAAAUGGAAUAGCUAUUCUCGAUUCAGACAAGACACUGAUUUGUUCACGAAACACUUUUCAUUUUCUAUUUUAUCCCAUUCGUCAAAACAGCCGUUCCUUCCUUUUAAAGACAAAGAAACUCUUAAUAUAUGAGAUCAUGGAAAAAAUGGCGAGCUGUAUCAAUGAUUCUCAAUGGAGGAUCGGGGCUUUUUUGACCAAUUCUUGUUCAAGUCCGAAAAGAAUCCGUUCGAGAAAGAAGAAGAAGAUCAAUUUAGGGUCGAACCAACAACCUGAUUGUGUCGUUAUUCUGGAUGCAGAUAGAAAGUCUUCGGUCAUACAGGAAGCUAAUCGAUCAAAAAUACCUAUAGCAUCCUUAGUUGAUUCUACGAUCCCAUCGAGACCCUAUAAAAUCAUUACUUAUGCCAUUCCAGCGAAUGAUCCAAUACUAUAUAUAUAUCUAUUUCGUCAUUCGAUCACGAAAACAGUGAUUCUUAAACAUCAUGGAAUGAGUUUUGAAUCUCUUUCUACAUGA